AUGGCGACCAGAAGACAGCCGUCUAGGGCCGUGGGGAGCAACCCCGUUCCGGAACCGAGUCAGCAGAACCCUCCCCGAAGCCCGCCGGGGAGGGCUCGGAGUCCGGAGGGCCCUCCGCCUCCUCCUGAUCGGAUAGCACUUCUGGAGGGUCAAGUGCAACGAUUGACGGAGUUACUCAUGGGUUUUCUAGAUGGCCAGCAUCAGCAAGCCCAGCACUCUCGGGCGGAGGAAAGGCGCGAGCCCCCAAGAGAAGAGGAAUCUUAUCGACGGGACGAGAAUCCGCAGAGGCCAGGGCCAGAUGACGGCGAGGCGGCCGAGUCUCUUGACUUGUCGUUUGUGCAGCAGCGGCAGGAAAGAAGACUGCGGCAGUUGGAGGAGGAGAUGGCCGCCCUAAAGCCAAGGACCGGAGAGGCUCAGGGUCCAAGGAUAAAUCAGCCCCUUGGCCCAGAAAUCAUGGCGGCCAUACCACCAGAGCGUCUCCGUAUCCCGGCCAUUAAGCCCUACGCAGGGACCACCGACCCGAUGGAUCACCUGGAUCUCUUUACCUCGCAUAUGAUGGUACAGGACGCCUCAGACGCGAUGUGGUGUAGAGUUUUCUUGGCCACUCUGGAGGGGCACGCACGGGCGUGGUACUCAAACCUGGCUCAUCAUUCCAUCAUAAGUUUUGCGCAACUCCGGAGCAGCUUCCUGGCGCACUUUGCACCUCUCCGAAGACACCGAAGGUCCACCAUGGCCUUGGUGAGUAUGAAGCAGAACCAAGGAGAGCCCUUGAAGGAUUUCGUUUCACGAUUUAAUAUGGAAGCCCUGAGCAUCGAGAACUUUGACCACAAUGUUGCUAUGGUAGCAUUCCAGAACGCCCUGAGGCCCGGCCCUUUCGCCCAAUCAUUAGCCAAGACGCCUCCCAGCGCGUUCACGGACAUAUUGGGCCGGGCCACGAAGAGGAGUGACGACCGAAGAGAAAAGCAUCGCCCUCGGUGGGAUUCGGCGGGUUUCACUCCUCUGAACGCCCCGAGGGCAGAAAUCCUCGCUACUAUUGAGGGAAAAGAUUACUUGAAAAAGCCUCGACCGAUGAAGGCACCAUCUGACAAAAGGAACAGAAGUAAAUAUUGCCGAUUCCACCGAGAUCAUGGUCAUGACACGGAAGAGUGUCACCAAUUAAAGGAGGAGAUUCAGGAACUUAUCAAUCGGGGUUUUCUGAGGAGCUACGUGGCAAAAACAGGUGAUUCUCAGGGGAGAAAAGAUCGACGGUCGCGAUCAAGAAGCCCCCCCAAGAGAGACCGCGCGGAGGAUCGAAAUCGGGCCCAGCGGGAGAGAUCACAUCGAAGAGAAGAUGAUCAUCCUCAGCCUCCGAUAUUCCACACACUCGCGGCGGGGGAGGUCCCAGUCAUGAAGGACGAAAAAAGUAGUACGACCCGGCUGAAAAGAUCGAGGAACGUGGAUCCAAUCUCUUUUUCAGAUAGCGACCUCCCGGGGUACCCGACUCAAAAUGACCCACUGGUAAUAACAGCUGAACUCGGGAAGUGGGAACUUCGGCGGAUCCUUGUGGAUCCCGGAAGCUCUUCAGAAAUCUUGUAUCGGCAAGCCUUCUUAGGCAUGGGGUAUGAAAUGACACAGCUAAGGGCAGCGAGGGUCCCUUUGGUGGGAUUUGAUGGUGAAGCCGUAUAUUCAGAAGGGAUUAUUCAACUCCCGAUGACGGUAGGGAGAGGUUCCCGAACUUCUCGUGUUAUGCUAGAUAUCCUGGUAGCAGACGUGCCUUCGGCUUACAACAUGAUUCUGGGAAGAUCGGGUCUCAAUGCCCUUCGAGCCAUCCCAAGCACGUACCAUAUGAUGAUGAAGUUUCCCACGGAUAGGGGGACGGGCGAAGUGCGGGGAGAUUUGCGCUUAGCCCGUGAAUGUUACAUGGCCUCUAUAGGCAUGGCGAAGAGUAAAGAAGCAGGGUUGCAGAAGGAUGCUGACCCCCCGAAGGAGGUCAGUUUUCUACUAGAAGGACCUGAAGAUCCCAAAACAGCGGAGCCGGUGGAUGAAUUGGAAGAAGUACCUCUGGAAGAAAAUUGCCCAAGUCGAUGUGUAAGGGUAAGUAUGGAGUUAAAAGAUCCGCUAAGGAGUCAAAUAAUAUCACUCCUUAGACAAUAUGCAGAUAUCUUCGCGUGGACAGCCCGGGAUAUGCCAGGAGUAAAUCCAGAGGUAAUGACACACAGGCUGGGGGUCCGAUCAGGCUUUCAGCCUGUCAGACAGAAAAAACGAAGCUUCGCUCCUGAUAGGGCAAGGGCGAUCGAGGAGGAGAUCGCAAAGUUAGCAGCUGCGCGCCACAUUCGGGAGGUGGAUUAUCCAGAUUGGCUAGCGAAUGUUGUGCUGGUUCCCAAAGGGCAGAGCAAGUGGAGACUUUGCAUCGAUUUCACCGAUCUUAACAAAGCCUGCCCAAAAGAUAGCUACCCACUCCCGAGGAUUGACGCCCUAAUUGAUGGAACUGCUGGAUGUUCGCUCAUGAGUUUCCUAGAUGCUUUUCAGGGAUAUCACCAGAUUCCAUUGCACCCGGAGGACCAGGAGAAAACAGCAUUCAUCACCAACAAGGCAACCUACUGCUACACCGUAAUGCCUUUCGGAUUAAAGAACGCAGGAGCCACUUACCAGCGCCUGGUAAAUAAGCUUUUUCACCAACAACUCGGGAGAAAUAUGGAGGCUUACGUCGACGACAUGCUGGUAAAAAGUAUGGUAGCCGAAUGUCAUCCGGAAGACCUGGAAGAAUGCUUCAAAACCCUUCGUAAGUUCCAUAUGAAACUUAAUCCUGUCAAAUGUGCUUUCGGCGUUUCUGCAGGAAAGUUCCUAGGCUACAUAGUACACCACCGAGGGAUCGAGGUAAACCCUGCGAAGGUCAAAGCUAUCAUGGAUAUGCCGGCCCCGAGGAAUGUGAGAGAGGUACAGAGCCUUACGGGUAGGAUGACAGCCUUGGGCAGAUUCCUUUCUCGUUUGGCAGAAAAAGGCCUUCCUUUCUACAAGGUCUUAUCGAAAGCAAACAACUUCGAAUGGAAUUCUGAAUGCCAGCGAGCUUUCGAAAAGCUUAAGGAGCACCUAGCCACGCCUCCGGUUCUUACCAAACCGAAGCCCGGAGAACCAUUAUACAUAUAUCUGGCGGUGGCCAAUGAGGCUGUAAGUUCGGUAUUGAUUCGAGAAGAAAACAGGAUCCAGAGGCCCGUUUAUUAUGCGAGUAAACGAUUAUCGGGAGCCGAGGUUCGGUAUCUUCCUAUGGAAAAACUGGCGUUCGCCUUAAUAACAUCGGCGAGGAAACUCCGACCCUACUUUCAAGCUCAUACGAUUAUAGUGCUUACUAACCAACCCUUGAAGCAGGUUCUUAGCAAGCCGGAGCUUUCAGGCCGGAUGUUGAAGUGGGCAGUAGAGCUCACCGCCUUCGACAUUGAGUAUAGGCCGCGACCGGCCAUUAAGGCGCAGUCGCUAGCAGACUUCAUCGCCGAAGGGAUAGGAGCUCCCGAAGGUCCCGAGGAAAGCCAGAAACCAUGGUCAGUGGCGGUAGACGGAAGCUCGACCUCGGGCGGGGGUGGAGCAGGAUUAAUGAUAAAGAGUCCCGAAGGGCAAAUAUGGCCUUAUGCAUUGCAUUUUGAAUUCCGAGCAUCUAACAACGAAGCAGAAUAUGAGGCCUUAUUAGCUGGGCUGAGGUUGGCUGAACAAUUGGGAGCUCAAAACGUUGAGGUGAGUUCAGAUUCUAACUUAGUGGUGCAGCAGGUGAAUGGAGAAUAUGAAGCCCGAGAAAGUCACAUGGCGCAAUACUUGACCCUAGCCAAAGAGCUGAUGGCGCGUUUCCAACACGUAAAGGUGGAAUACGUCCCUCGAGCCAUGAAUACAGAGGCGGACUUACUGUCCCGAAUCGCCUCUUCCUCUUUCCCUACAAGCUCUCGGGAAAUUCGGAUCGAAUCUCUUCCGCAAAAGAGUAUCGAAGAAGCCGCAGACCAAUUUUGUAUCGAUGACGAGCCCAGCUGGAUGGACCCCAUGUUGUCAUAUUUAAGAGAGGAAAAGCUCCCCGAAGACGACUCGGAGGCACGGGAGGUCAAACGAAAAGCCCGAAAUUUCGUGUUAGUCGGGGGGGAAUUAUACAGAAGGUCUUUCUCACAACCGCUGCUCAAGUGUAUCCGACCUCGCGAAGCAGACUACAUCCUACGGGAGAUUCAUGAAGGAAUAUGUGGAAACCACAUCGGGGCUCGGGCGCUUAGUCAAAAGGCCCUGCGACAGGGGUAUUAUUGGCCAACGAUGGUGCGAGAUUCCGAGCAGCUAGUUAGAACUUGCGACCGGUGCCAGAAAACGUCUAACUUGGUCCAUGUGCCGGCAGUCGCGCUAACUCAUCUCGCCACACCAUGCCCCUUUGCCCAAUGGGGUAUAGACAUCCUGGGACCUUUUCCCCCAGCAGCUGGACAGGUCAAGUAUAUCAUGGCUGCUAUCGAUUACUUCACAAAGUGGGUUGAAGCUGAAGCAGUGGCCUCUAUUACUUCUCGGCGGGUGAAACAAUUCCUAUGGAAGCACGUAGUCUGUCGCUUCGGAGUUCCUCGGGUGCUGAUCUCAGACAACGGCACUCAAUUUUCUGACCGGUCCGUUCGGGAAUGGUGCCAGGAGUUGGGAAUCAAGCAACAAUUCACCUCGGUAGCUCACCCCCAAGCUAAUGGCCAAAUCGAACUCGCUAACAGAACUAUGUUGCGGGGUUUAAAAACAAGAGUAGAUAAGGCGAAAGGUAGCUGGGUAGAAGAACUGUCGAGCAUUCUGUGGUCUUACCGAACUACGGCGAAGGACUCCACGGGAGAGACUCCUUUCAGUCUAUGCUAUGGCUCGGAAGCAUUAAUCCCAGUUGAAAUUGGAGUACCUACGCUACGAGUGGAGCUAUUCGACCCUGAAUCCAAUGAGCAGAGUUUGAGGGACAACCUAGAUUUCCUUGAUGAAUUUCGUGACCAGGCGAAGAUUCGACAAGCUGCUUAUAAUCAGCGCAUAGAGAGAUACUACAAUCGACGAGUAAGAGCACGAAACUUUCUGCCAGGAGAUUUGGUACUAAGGCGAGCAGACGUUCAGGGAGCCCGAGAAACAGAUAAGUUAACACCAAAUUGGGAAGGUCCUUACAAAGUAACAGAAGUCCUCAGCCCGGGGGCAUACAAACUACAGACCCUCGAAGGGGCACCGGUGAAAAACGCAUGGAACGUGCAGAACUUGAGGAAGUUCUAUCAGUGA